AUGGCAAUAAGACCCGCGAGCACCGACCCUAUUGCUAAAUAUAUUCUGGGGCUAUAUCAUAAAGCAUUUAUUGAGCAGGAAAAUGCUCAAGUUAGGAAACUUCCUCUGGUAAUUGGUAUUAGUGGACCACAAGGAUCAGGCAAGUCAACUGUGGUAGCUGCUGUAGCCAAGGUUCUAAGGAGUAAAAACCUAAAUGUAGUGGACUUUUCAUUAGAUGAUGUUUAUUUGACUCAUCAAGACCAGGUCGCCUUAUCCAAUGCUAAUCCUGACAACAAACUAGUCAGUCAUCGUGGACUGCCGGGAACUCACGAUGUCAAACUGUGUUUAAAUGUAUUUGAUGACUUGUUACAACAGAAACCAACCAAUACUCCUAGAUACGACAAAUCGGCAUUCCAGGGCCAAGGAGAUCGAUCUACUAAUACAUUUCCCGUCAAACCAUACUACGACAUAGUUCUCUUCGAGGGAUGGUGUGUUGGAUUCCGCCAAUUACCAGAAUCAGUGGUGGAACAGAUCUGGAAGGCUUCAACGGGCCCACUGUCACACCACAGUUUGGACCAUGUCAAAUUCGUCAACCGAGCAUUAGCACAAUAUGACCAAAUCUGGUCGAAAUUCCAUGCAUUAAUUCAAAUUGAGGCUCUGGAUCUCAACUACAUCUACGAAUGGCGAACCCAGCAAGAGCACGACCUGAUCCAGAAAAAGGGCUCGGGAAUGACCGACGCUCAAGUCAGGCAGUUUGUCGACGGAUACAUGCCCGCGUACGAACUAUACCUUCGUACCCUUCAACAGACCCGGUCCUUGGCUAUCACUCUCAACAGGGACAGAAAAGUCGUAAACCUACAGGAACCGAACAAACUAUAA